AGAAAAUGGAAAAAAGGGGAAGCUGACCAAAAUAGAGGGGGGCUUUGGCUUUUGUACGCAAUAAUUUGGUGGAGACUGCAUUUUUUUGGUAUCUGCAGCGAAAGAGGCAAGGGGAGAUCCGAUACUGAAUCAACAGCAACAGCAAUGGCUAGACAAGCGUCACGACUAAUUCAGUCUUUGUCUUCCAGGAUUUCUCCUCACAAACCUCAACUAUCCCCGCUCACUCCCUCUUCCUCUUCUUCUCAGCUUUUGACUCAGUCACGCUCUUUCUCGGCGGCUCCGGCACCUCAACCGGCGGUUUUCGUAGACAAGAACACUCGUGUCAUUUGCCAAGGGAUCACUGGAAAGAAUGGCACUUUCCACACUGAACAAGCCAUAGAAUAUGGCACUAAGAUGGUUGGUGGAGUAACACCCAAGAAGGGUGGCACAGAGCACUUAGGGCUUCCUGUUUUCAACUCUGUUGCUGAAGCAAAGGCUGAAACCAAGGCUAAUGCUUCUGUCAUUUAUGUUCCUCCGGCUUUCGCAGCCGCUGCUAUCAUGGAGGCUAUGGAAGCUGAAUUGGAUCUUGUUGUUUGUAUCACGGAAGGAAUUCCUCAACAUGACAUGGUUCGUGUGAAGGCUGCCCUUAACCAGCAAUCAAAAACCAGGUUGAUUGGUCCAAACUGCCCUGGCAUCAUUAAACCUGGGGAAUGCAAGAUUGGAAUUAUGCCUGGAUACAUUCACAAACCAGGUCGUGUAGGAAUUGUUUCUCGAUCAGGCACUUUAACAUAUGAAGCAGUUUUCCAAACAACUGCAGUAGGUCUGGGGCAAUCAACCUGUGUAGGAAUUGGUGGGGAUCCCUUUAAUGGAACCAACUUCGUUGAUUGUGUGACAAAAUUCCUUGCUGAUCCUCAGACAGAAGGCAUCAUUCUGAUCGGUGAGAUAGGGGGCACUGCAGAAGAAGAUGCCGCUGCACUGAUAAAGGAAAGUGGGACUGAAAAGCCUAUUGUUGCUUUCAUUGCUGGACUCACUGCUCCUCCAGGACGGCGUAUGGGUCAUGCUGGAGCUAUAGUAUCAGGGGGCAAGGGCACGGCACAGGACAAAAUAAAGACUCUAAGAGAAGCUGGAGUGACAGUUGUUGAAUCACCUGCAAAGAUUGGUGUUGCAAUGCAUGAGGUUUUCAAGCAAAGAGGUCUCCUUAAUUAGUGUGUGUGUGAUUUUCCCUAGAAAAAGAAAAGCAAAACAAUAUUUCCUGGAUUAGUUUCAGGUGACAAACUUGUUCGAAAUGCUUUCAUUGUUUUUGUGAAAAAUCAAUUUUAUACUGAAAUGAGGGAAAAACCCAACCAAAGAAAAGAAACAGUUUGAUGGUUGGGUCGAUGCAAAAUUAAUAAACCUGAGAAGGUUGAGACUUUUGAUGAAGAGAGAAAGUUCAUUUUCAGCCA